AAGAUGGCGGAAAGUCAGUGCGUUGUGAAGUUAGGUCGGUACAGGGUCAACAUGCUGGAUAAACUGGGACAAGGUGCCUUUGGAGUGGUCUACAGAGGGGUUGAUACUAAAACUGAGACUCAGAUUGCAGCAAAGCAGAUAGAAUUAAAAGAAACUCCCGAAGGCGGAGAUGCACUGGCAGAGCUUAAAGCUAUGCAGAGCGUCCCGUCACACGACAACAUAAUAAAACUCCUGGACUUCCAAUACCAUGGUAACUCCUACUGGAUCCUGGUGGAGUACUGCGACUGUGGCGACCUCACCGCUUAUUUCAAGAACUACACGCCAGUCCCGGAUGCUACAAAGCUGGAGUUAAUGCUCCAAGUGAGCGCCGCAGUGAACCACUUGCAUUCUCAACCAGAGCCAGUAACACACAGGGAUCUGAAGCCACAGAAUAUAAUGUUGCGUUAUGGCGCCACAGAUGACCGCCCUGUCGUCAAGGUAACGGACUUUGGACUCAGCAAAUCUGCAGACACAGGAAAGACUUUCCUCAUGAACACGGUGGCCGGGACGCCAUGUUUUAUGUCCCCGGAGCAGUUCUCACAGGAGGGGUACACGUCGUCUGUCGACAUCUUCGCGAUGGGACUGAUUUUUCUCGGGAUGAUAAACUUUGAUGAAGUUCAGGAUAUUCUACCCAUGUACAAAGAGGACAUAGACGCCGGAAUGGCUAUUCCCCCCGGGUUACAGUUAUUGAACGCAGCGAAGUCGGGGUUAGACCCCCCGGUGUUGGUCAGACAGCGGGCAUCUGACGGGACUUUGGUGGAACAAGUGAAAAAAGUGAUAGAAAAAAUGGUUUGCUUUGACAAGUCGAACAGGCCCCUCUCAAAAGAAGUCACCGAAAUGCUUCAGGGGAUAUUCAGUCAAAUCUCAAAACUACCGCCUCCACCUCCAAAACCAAAGGCAGAGCCCAUUGCAAUGCUGGAACAACAUCGCGCAGAGACGAGAUCAGACGAGAUGUCGAAAAAUGCUGGAGCCGAGGAUGACGUGACUGCCUUAGCCCUAAAAGUGACCAAGCAAGUGGUGCACGAGGACUUGGAACGUGCCAUCAGAGAGGACAGUGGAGCAGUGGGAUUUUUAAGGGCUUUAGAAGAAAGAAACUCUCAACUUGACGAAAUUCUGAAGCAGAUAACAUCUGAUGACAGUGAUGACGACGGAGAUACCGAUGGUGAUCUAGCGAAGCUCCAAAAGGGAGACCGUGUAGAAGUUGACUUAGAUGAGGAGAAAGUGAAGAAACUUCAAGUAAACCAUGGGGGAUGGAACACGCGGAUGAAACACUAUCUGGGAGUGAAAGGGAAAGUAGAAAGUAAAACGCGGAGACGUGCAGUGGUGAGAUUCACAGACGGUCAACGAUGGUCCUACAAUAUUAAAGCAUUAAGGAAAAUAGAAGCAGACGAAGAUACAAGUGAGGAUUUAGACGAUUUCCAAAAGAGUGUACUUCUGAGUAUGGGCAAACAUAGAGACGUGGCCGUGGAGGGGUUGUUUAAGAAAUAUGACAUCGUUAAACUUUCGGAUGAAGAAGAGAUCGUGAAACUUUUACAGGAGGGGCACGGCGGGUGGAAUGAGAGGAUGAAAUUGAGUCUUGGGGUUAAAGGGCUCGUAAACCGCGUGGAGUUCGGCAAUGUCCGUGUUGAAUUCGUCAACGGAGACACCUGGGCCCUGAAUCCCGAAGUUCUAAUUAAAGCCGAGGAGGAAGAGACGGGAAAUGAUGAUUUAGAGACAGGCGACUUUGUCCUCAUACGACCUGUCUCUGAGCAGGAGGCACGACUCCUACAACAGGAUCAUGGCGGUUGGGCAGCGGGCAUGGAAAAGUCUUUAGGCCACACCGGUGUUGUAAAAGACGUACUUCCGGGGUCAAAGGUCAAGGUCGAGGUUUCACAGCAGCCAUGGGUAUACAACAAGAGUUUGAUAACUCUGGUGUGCAAAAAAGAGGAGAUGGUACGAGUGCUACUAAGGCGUCAGUCAGCCUUGUAAACCGCAGCACGGUUCACACACUACGCUUAGACUGCUUGUUGCCAGACUGCUGUUCCCAAUCACUGGUGGUACUUGUUGGUCUAAACAGCCGA